AUGGACUCGGACGCCGAAAAAGGUGUAACCUCGCCUCUAACCAGUGCGGCAGCCGUGAGGCAGAGGUUGAAUAACAGAUUGAAUGCUCAAAGUUGGGGUGAGUUGAUUUUUCACCAUCCUAUUACAAUUUCUUGUCAACAUCAGGGGUCCCUAUAGGGGACAGCGGAAAAAAACAGCCCUUAUAGGGGGGGCAAAAAGUGUCAAUUUAUCGAAUUUUUUUCACCUACUUUUUUUCUUACAGGUUCAUAACUAUAAACGACUGUAGGGUCCACUGACAAGGGACGUUUUUUACCCCCCCUUGAAAUUUUGAUGAAACUUCCUUGAAGGGCACUUUAGGACCUACUUGCAGAACAAGAAAAAGUUUCUCGCAAUAGAUUUUUUUUUUCGAGUGAAAGCCCGAAAUAGCGUUUUUUCGUGAUAACUUGCGUAUUUUGCGGACUUUGAAGCUACAUAGCUAGUGAACAAAAUAUAUUGCGAAAAAUUUUUUUUCUUGUUCUGCAAGGAGGUCCUAAAAGUACAUUUCAGCAAAGUUUCAUCAAAAAGUUCAGAGGGGGGUGAAAAAAACGUUUCCUAGUGAGUAACCCUAUAGGGACCACUUUUGAAUGCUUUAAUCCUAUAAGGAGAGGUAAAGAGGUCCCUAGAGAGAUAUUUUCGAAAACCCCUGAGGUUGCCCCUAAAGGGAUCAAUAUAGCGCUUUCAAGUUCUUCUUAAAUUUAUCUGAGAGCUACUUUUUUUUCUUGAAGCUUCAUUUCGGAAUGUAUAAGAACCACUUUUGUGAGCUUCAGUGGCUCCUAUAAGGAGAGGUGAAGAGGUCCCCAGAGUGACAUCUUCAAAAUCCUCUAAAGGGAUCACUCUGGCGCUCUCAAGUUCUUCUUAAAUUUUUUCUUAGAGCUACUUUUUUUUCUUGAAGCUUCAUCUCGGACUGUCUGACUUUUUAAGAGCUGCGAGUGGGAAAAAAAAUUUUUUUUCUAACCCCUCCGAAUUUCAAAAAAAAAAGCUAGAACUAAAUAAUCCUUUUUCAGACAUCAACAAAUUGAUAGUCCCUGCACUGGUCGGCGUCGCUAUAACCGCAGCUAUAAUCUACAUUCUUUCUAUAAGUAUCCAUCGGGUUGAUGAAGGAUUCGUGGCUGUUUAUUAUCGGGUAUAGUCAAUGUUUCCCGACUUGAAAGGCGAGGGAGGCGGGGCAAGGGGCGGGACGCGUAGCGUGUGCGUACGCGGUUCUUGGCGCCAGUUCAAUUCAAUCGUCGCCGACUAUUUAAAAAGCUCGGCAACCGCUCUUUUUCUGUAUUUUCUUCUAUUUUUUGAUGCACACAUGAACAUAAUCAAUAAAUAAUUAAAAAACAAGUGAAAAGAGCAAUAAAUAAGCUCUCUGAAUGCUUGCUAGCGGUUGAAUUGAACACGUGCCAAGAACCGCGUAUGCACACGCUACGCGUCCCGCCCCUUGCCACGCCUCCCACGCCUUUCAAGUCGGGAAACAUUGACUAUAUAUUUUAUUCAUUUUCAAAAAUCCUUGCUGAGGUCGUUUUUUUUUCAAAGUUCAUAGCGAUUCUUCAUUCCUCAUCUUAGUGUUGUUAUUGCUCAUGUUAGAUCACACAGUCCUUAAUAAGGUGGUUUUUUUUUAAAUUUCAAUUCUAGAGUGAUUCUGUGGGAUUCUGAGCCUUACCAAGGGUUUUUGAAUAUCAUUUAUAUAUCCCAAACUUCAAUAAAACAUUUUAGGGCGGAGCCUUGGUUAAAGAAGUAACUGGACCCGGGCUUCACAUGCGCUUACCUAUUAUAACCACUUAUAAAAGUAUCCAGGUAAUGCAUUGCUCAUGUUAAUGAUAGUAUUUCUCAUGUUAGAUCACUCCUCAAACUGACGAGCUUGUUAAUGUGCCCUGUGGUACUUCUGGAGGAGUUAUCAUCACGUUUGGUCGGAUCGAAGUUGUUAAUAUUUUGAAGCAAGAUGCAGGUAGGGUUAUCCCUUGGCCGCAUUUGGAAUGGCUUAAGUUUCAAAAAAAAUCUUCAAGCCUUCCAAAAGCACCUUAACCGCUUGACAACUUGAAAAAAUUAAUAUUUUUUCAGUCCACGACGUCGUCAAGAGCUACACGGUCGACUAUGACAAACCCCUGAUUCAUAACAAAGUUCACCACGAAAUUAAUCAAUUCUGCAGUCGGCACACUAUCCAAGAAGUCUACAUUGAUCUCUUCGGUUCGUUUUUCUUUGGUUUUCCGAAACUCACAAAUUCUCAGAUACCAUCGACGAGAACUUGAAAACGGCGCUGCAGAAGGAGCUGCACACCUUGGCGCCGGGACUGGAGGUUCAGGCCGUUCGAGUCACGAAACCCAUCAUCCCAGAACAGAUCCGCAAGAACUACGAGCAGAUGGAAGCUGAAAAGGUUAGUUGUUCGAUAGAGCACUUUCCAGUUUUAGAAAAAGUUGGGGUUGGAAAAAAAAAGGUUGGUUUUCCCUUGAAAAGGAAAACGCUAAAAUUUGAGGUAUGGAUCAAUAAAAACCAAGCUUAACUGGGAGAACGUUUAAUGAGCACUUUAGGGUUCUGACCGUUUAGUGGCCACUUGAGUGACUAAAGUUUAGUCGGCUCUUUUGAAGUCUUAAUAAGGACUUUAGUGGCCACUAACAAGCUUAUUGGUGACUUUUAUAGUGAUGGUUUUAGUGGCCUAGUGGCCUAAUGAUUAAGUGGCCACUUUAGGAAUUAGACUUAUAGUGACCACUCUAGGGUCUGAUACUUAAGUGGUCAUUAUACUAGUCGAAUUAGUGGCUGCUUAAGUGACCUUUGUAGACCUCUAACCAAAACUCAAAUAAGUGGCUUCUACAGAAACGAUUUUUGGAGCCACUUUAGGGAUUCGACGUUCAAGUGACCUCUAUAGUAGUCUAUCUAGUGGUGGCCUUUUAGAAGUCUAAGUGGCAAUAAUAGACUAUUAAAAACUACUAUAGUGGCCACUAACACGCAUAAUAGUGACCACUACAGAGAUGGAUUUAGUUGCCACUUAAGGGAUUCGACUUAAAGUGGCCACUUUAGUAGUCUAUCUAGUGGUGGCCUUUAAGAAGUCUAAGCGGUACUAAUAGAUCAUUAAAAAGUAGUAUAGUGGUCACUUUAGUGUCCUCUCCAAAUAGUUCUUAAGGAACCAGUUGUCAUAAAAUCGGACGAAUUCAUAUAUUCCAGACAAUGCUUCUGGUGGCUAUGCAGCGUCAGAAAGUCGUCGAAAAGGAGGCUGAAACCGAGAGAAAACGAGCUCUGAUUGGUGAAUUUUUGAAGAUUUUUUUUCAAUUUUCAAUAAAUUGCCCUUGCAGAAGCCGAGAAAGAGUCCCAAGUCGCGGAUAUUCACAACAAGCGAAAGAUUGCUGAGAAAGAACGCGAGCAAUCAAUCAACAAAAUCGCCAAUAAUAUGCUCCUUGGUGGGUUUUUCAAAGAUCUUUAAAAGGCGAACAGUAAAAUGAUAAAGGUGUAAAGGAUAUAGUCUGUUCAGGUUUUGAAAAUCGAGUGCAAUGACGUCAUUCAAAAACACUCUGUGGAUGGCUCGCUCUCUGAUUGGUUUAUCGCGCUAUUAGGGGGCGGAGCUUGAGCGACGACUUGACAUUCAAAAUCUGAACAGACUAUAGUUAGAAAGGCCAGAGCGGUUCCUAUAAGAUCAGGGAAAAAAACAGCCUCUAAAGGGGACAAAAAAGACCCCCUUUACGAGUAAAAUUUAAGUUGUCACUGUAGCGGUUUACAAACUUUGAGCUGCUAAAGCUUAAGUGGUUCCUAGGGUCUUUUGAGUUUUUUUUUUGUACAGAUUUAAAAGAAAACAGUUGUCCUUAAAGGGAUAGUGAAAAAAAAGAGGAAACGAGAUAGUAUCCUGAAGAGACCCCAGAGAAGUCAGGGGAUCUCUAUUUCUCUAGACCCUCUUCAAAAUUCUCUCUCUUUUAUCCUUUUUCCCGGGUUUUUGAGUAGACCAUUAUCUAAAAACCGCUUUUUUGCUAAUUAAUUUAAUUUUCAGAGAAAGAAAAAGCUUCCGUGGACGCGGCAAAGUACAAGAUUGAGACGGAAUCGGCGGCCUUCCAGAAAAUUUUGACACCGUAUGAUUUUUAAUCAUUUUCCUUGUAAGGUUGAAGAAAAAUAAGAAAAUAGGGUCAAAAAUUGUGCAGGGUGAGAUAUAGCAGAUUCCGGUUAACUUAGAACGCUAAAGGGGCGUGGCCUGUCUGCGCUCUCCACAAAACAGGCACUAUCUAUAUUCCUAUCGUGUCAGGACCCUUUUUUGAUGGCUCAAGCCAGUCGUGAAUCAGCUAUAGUUUUUUCACUUUUUUUUGUCUAUUUUUCCAUUUUUUUCAGGAAAAGUUAAAGAAAAAGGCAAAAUUUUCGACUUUCCUUGACCAUUUCUCAAAGAGAUCACUGUAUAUCGAAUAUUUUUCACUUAAGGGAGUACUUGGAGCUCCAACGGAUCAAGGCGAUCGAGAAGAACAACAAGAUCUACUACGGCGACAAGAUUCCAACCGCAUUUUUGAUGACCAACGACUCACCAAAGAACGAAAAUAAUUCCCCUCGGAAAUCAGAGCCAAAAGCCUUGGAAAUAAAUCCAUUCCAAGACAUCCUGAAUAACGGGCAAUCUGUUCCCAAGUGAUCACUUAAUGGCUCGACCUGGACAAUAGCCAUCCGGUGUCUUUCUGCUUUAAUAUGUACUUAUUUAUUGUUUUUUUCUUUGUUCCAAGCUUGUAUUUUAAUAAAUUAUGGGUCCCUUUUGUUUAGCUACUUUUUUUCAAAAGCCAUGUUUUCAAGGCUAAACGGAUAAUUGAAGGUGGGGUAUCUAAAAACGUCAUUUUUCGCCUUUUUCCUAGGUCAGAAUGGUGAUAGAACUUCAUGGAGGAUUCUUAGAUAUCUGGCUCAGUGGCUAGAGGGCUUGGCUUCGGUUUCAGAUGCGUAGGUUCGUUUCCACACCCCGUCAGAUUUUUUUUUUGCACUUUUUGAAAACAUUUUUAUUGCUUUUUAUGCAUUUUUCAACACAGAAUUUCCUUGAUUUCGACAAUUUUACCUAAAAAUCGGUUUGAAAAACAUUUUGAUGCUCUCAACACACUAGCUGUAUAGAAAAAUCUAGAAAAAGUGAAAAAAGGGUGUGUCAAUAAUUAGGACGCACAGUCUAGCCUCUACAACCUUGACGACCAAGAAUCAACCAAAAAAGGAAAAUCCAAAAAAUGGAGACGGAAUAUGGUCCAUAUUUGUUACACAGUUCGCUACGCGCAGAGGGUCGAACCCAUUUUUCUGGCCAAGUUCAAUUGAUUUCCUUGUGCCGCCGUUCUUUCUCCUGCAAAACCCCAAGGAAAGAAGAUUUUCGCGCCCUGAUACCUACACCUGUUUUCCUUGCCUUUGUUGUUCCCUUUCUUAAUUUUUUAAUUCCAAAAAGCUCUGAUAUAUUCUUUAUCUUCUUACUAUUCUAAUCUCCCAAAGGUUCUUUACCAAAUUGGAAAAUCCCCGAACCCCUAAAAAAAUCCAGAUCCACUCAAAAAACUACCAUUCACUUCCGAACUUUCAAAAAUUGCCUUUUUUCCUAUCAUGGAAGGUUAUUUUUAUACCUUUUCCCGCCGGAUAUUACAUUGAUAAUCAGUUCAGAACCGCCCAUUCAUGAGUCAAAGACCCUUCUUUUUUGUUGUUUUUAUUGCCCGACCCGGUUUCUUCUUCUCAAAACGGAAGUCGUGUUGAUGCUAUUUUGAGCAUUCUGGAACCUAUAUAACUUCAAAAAGUCUUGGAAAAGGUGGGAACACCUUUGUUUGGAACAGAACUACCUUUAUUUUCUGAUUAUUAUUGUGAGUUUAACUUUUUCUAUUACUUCUGCUAGUUUAUUUAGUACUCUUAUACUGCUUCAAACAUGACGUAAUUUUGCUAAAUUCCUUCAGUUUAUCCUUAACCAAGAUCAGAAGAAAAGUCUAACCUGAAGACUCCAGUGGUCUCUACAGGGGCAAACUUAGCUACCCUUGGAGAUUUCCUUCUAGAGGCCUUUUUACCUCCCCUGAAGGGGCCACUAGAACUUGCAAAAGCGACCCCUAUAGAGGACAUGCUAGUCGAUUAUUUUGAACAGAGGAAAAGUUUAAAAUGUGUCUUCUUAAUAUUUUUAUCUGGACCCUAUAGAGACCAUCUAAGUUUUACCCCCAUAGAGUACACUUUUUUUGUCCCCCUAACCUCUAUAGGGACUUCUUUGGCGUACCUGAGUACCUUUUUUUGGUAGAUAUAUAAAGCCUCAGAAACGCCGGAAGCCUUUUUUUCUUCAUGAUAAAAGUUGAAAAUUUGAAGCUUUAUAAAACUUUUUGCGAUUCAUUUUAUUUCAAAACCAUUCCUGUACAUGUUUUUUUUGUUCUGCCUGUAAAUAAAUAUUAUUAUUAUCGAAACUGUGCUGAAACUAUAGUCUCUUAACUGAAAACGUGUAAAAAUCUCAAAACCUAUCAACUUUUCAAAGUUAGUUAGGUACGCGGAAGUCUGACUGCCAGUUGUUUACUUGCUGAGAAAACCUGUUUGCAGAGGUUUUUUCUAUCUUUUUUUUAGGUCAAACCACAGGUCUAACGGUCUUCAAAGAUCGUUCAAAACAUCAAAACUCUGCAUAUACUUUAUCUAGAGUCAGAAAUACGAAAAAGACGCGUGACGCUGUUAUUUUUGAACCAUGUCCUGCUAAUCAUGCAAAGAUCAAAAUUUAUUUCUUACCACAAAGGACCAGAUCAUUUUCGAGAGCCUUAAUAAAUUGGAAUAUAGUGCUGUUUAAAGGUUAGAACUUCCAUUCUUUUUCGUUUAUCCUACCCCCCGAAGUUUUAAUUUUUAUGCUAUUUUAAAAGCUUCUGUAAAAAAACCUUUUCUCUACUGAAAUCUUUUACUUGCGCUAGAAAUUACUGCUCAGUUCGGCGCGAGAGAAAAGCGAUAUCGCUAGUGGUAAAUUGAUAACUUCGCAAAGGUACAGCCGCGCUCGCAUUUUCUCGACGCGAAUUCGCACUUCUGACACACCAAAAAAAGGUUAAAAUGCGAUAUCGCGACAAGAGGGACGCAAGGUUGGCGCGGCCUUUUUGCGAUGCCGUCCAUGUACGACGCGCGAUAUCGUUUCUAUCUCGGCACUUGUUUUUAGCACGCUUAUUCGUUAUUUUCUCAAGACAGUGGCGACUAAAUUGAAAUACGCUUGAAAUAACUUCUCAGUUCGGCGCGGGAGAAAAGCGAUGUCGUUACAUUGACAAUUUCGCAAAUGUACCGUUUUCACGCCGCGUUUUUCUUGACGCGAUCUCGCACUUCUGGCACAAUAAAAAAGUUAAAAUGCGAUAUCGCGACAGAAGAAACGCAAGGUUGGCGCGGCCUUUUUGCGAUGUCGUCCAUGCAUGACGCGCGAUAUCGCCUUCAUCAUGGCAGUUAUCCUUAGUGUGCCUCUCGUGCUUCUUACUCAAGCCAGAAGUGACUAAACUAUACUCAAAAACAAUUAUCAACUACGUUGAAAAAUUAGAUCCAAUUAAGGUAUGAACCGAGAGCAGGGGACGCCUUUAACGACAACAAGGUCAGAAAGGCCGUCGACGCCGAUUCCCUACGGCGAUGGCUACGGUCACAGACAGCGUGAUGGUAAUGAACUUAUUUUGAGGUUCAAAAUGAAAAAAUAUUCGAAAAAAAAAACUAAAUAAUCGAAAAUCAAAGUGUAAAACUCUAAGAAAGAGUCAAUUUUUGUCAAUCCAACGGAAAAGGUACACCUUGAACUUCAAAAAAUCCAAAAAUUUGCUGUUUUUUUUCAAUUCUUUCUAAUCAAAGAUAUGGUUCUUGAAAAAAGCCGUCGAUUCGAAUUUCAACUUCAAAAAACGUCAAGAGUUUUCUUUUCCUUUCGGCGGUUCAAAAAUCAAUUUUUAGAUCACUUCAAGGUUUCAAAAUACUUAAAGAUUUCAAGUUUUGUUUUUUGAAUCAUUAGUCUUUGUGAGCUGCGCGAACAAAACUUAUUAAACUCUUAUUUUGUAAACAUUUUCCUUACGAAGCCCAUCCAAUUCCAUUUGGUCGCAUUUGGAAUGGCUCAACGCGUUGCGGCCGUGCUCAAGUUCAAUUUUCCAAUUUUUCAUCCCGGAGCUCCCAUGCCUAUGCGCUAAAGUCGUAUUGUGGUCGGGUGCAGCUUCAAAAUGACCGCUGCACAGCCGCGACGCUUUGAGCCAUUCUCCGUGCGGCCAACAAGUUUUUAAAGGGCAAGGGGGCCAUCCUUGAAUACCAUGUUUUGAAUGAAAUCACGAAAAAAGGGUCCCAAUCCUUCCAGAGCCCUCAAAACCGAUAAAAUCAGUUCAAAUGCUGUACUAUCGUUAGAUUCAACUACCAAGCUUCAAAUAAUGUUCCAGAAUACUAGAAAAUUCUCUCAAAACUGACUGAAAAAUUCUUCAGAUGCAGCUCGAGGCCACUUCAUAAAAUUGAUCGUUUGCGUAAUUCUCACGGUCGGAUUACUUAUUUUCGCUGCCGUCAUUUUUGCCUCGAUCCAUCAAGUCCAAGAAGGAUUUGUGGCCGUUUAUUAUCGGGUAACAUGAGCAACAAAUGAAAGUUAUUAAUACUUUUUCCUUAUUUUAGGGCGGAGCUCUAGUAAACUCAGUAAAUGGACCAGGCUAUCAUUUGAAGUUGCCGGGAAUCACGACACAUAAACUUAUUCAGGUUGGUUUUGAGGCUUAUCAAUAAAAGAGGCGGAACUUGAGGAUCAAAUAUUGCUCAUCUUAAAUGGAUAUGCCUCGAUAUUGCUCAUGUUACAAGUUACUCCAAAAUUAUGAUCUUCCACAUGUUUUCAAAAUGACCAGAUUUUAAAUCGAAUAAUAAAUUUUUAAUAAAAUAGAUCUUUGUGAAGUUUCAAUAUUGCUCAUAGUAAAGAAGAAUGACUCAAUAUUGCUCAUGUUACAGGUAACACCUCAAACUGACGAGCUUCUCAACGUGCCCUGUGGUACUUCUGGCGGAGUUAUCAUCACUUUUGGUCGGAUCGAAGUUGUUAAUAUUCUCAGAAAAGAUGCAGGUACCUAUUUCAUUCGAAAGCUAGAGUGCUCAAAGUUCAACAAGAGCUAAUAAGCUUCUCUUCAAAAGAGAGUCAUUCCAAAUGCGGCCACCACUUUUUUUUUCAAAAAAUCGUAGAAAGCUAAAAAGCCAGAGAGACUCGAAAAGAAAAAUUAGGCGUGUUUCUAAAACUACCAUACGUGCUAGGAAAAUCAAUACUUUGAUUUUUACCAAGACCGCAGCGCGACCGCAACGCCUAGAUCCAUUCCAAAUGCGGCCAUGCCUUUCUUUUUCAGUCCACGACAUUGUCAAGAACUACACGGUCGACUACGACAAGCCAUUGAUCUACAACAAGGUUCACCACGAAAUUAAUCAAUUCUGCAGUCGGCACACUAUCCAGGAAGUCUACAUUGAUCUUUUCGGUCAGUAUUAUCUGAUUUUUGAGGAAAAUCGAUAAUUUUGUAGAUAAAAUCGAUGAGAACUUGAAAACGGCUCUACAAAAGGAGCUGAGCGAGCUGGCGCCAGGACUGGAAGUUCAGGCCGUUCGAGUCACAAAACCGAAAAUUCCCGAGCAAAUCCGGGAAAACUACGAACUGAUGGAAGCUGAGAAGGUACACGAUUCGAUGGGACUCAUUUUCUAGCUUCAGAAACAUCUGAGUUCAUCAAAAAUGAAAGAUUUUGAGUGAAGUUAUGACUUUCCGAAAGAAAAUUAGACUCUUAUCAUUGAAAUUUUUGUUGAUUUCUGCGUUCUAGAAAACUUUAGGGAGCAUUUUCGGCAUUUUUCGGAUCCAAUCCUAUUUCAGAACAAAGCAAGAAAGUUCCAGAAGCUUCAAAAAAUCCAACCCAUUUCAGACCAAACUUCUAGUCGCCACCCAACGUCAAAGAGUCGUCGAGAAGGAGGCGGAAACCGAGAGAAAACGGGCAUUGAUUGGUGAUUUUAUUGAUUUUUUAUUGAUUUAUCGAUUGAUCAUGCAGAAGCCGAAAAGGAGUCUCAAGUUGCCGAUAUUCGCAACAAGCAGAAAAUUUCGGAAAAGGAAAGGGAGCAAUCGAUCAACAAAAUCGCAAAUACUAUCCUUCUCGGUUGGUUUUUUGAACUUUUGUAUCAUUUUUUGAUUUUCCUAGAGGUUGAAGUGACUUUGGAAGACUACAAUAAUCAGGCUCAAAAAACUGAAAAAUCUAGAGAUUAGAACGUCCUGAAGAGACCUUAGAGAAAGAAGUUAACUAUCAGAAACUCAGGAAUUUUUGAGUGGUCCCUACAGGGGUUAGGAUAGGAAACAGCCCUUUAUAUAGGGACCGCAAAGCCACGCCCCUUUUCGCGAUAGAAAAAGUGGCAUUUUUUUGGUUUACAACUUUAAUUUAGUUGUAGUUGCAAAAUAUGUGGAACUGGCUAAUAAAAUUUGACACACAUGUACAGAAAAGCUUCCUCUUUCGUUUAAAAAAUAUUUCACGCUUUUUUGAUGCGUUCUCGCGGAAUGUCGUACAAAAACGUGAAUGGAACUAAAAAAUUUUGUCAUUUUUUGCUUUUUCAUGUGUUUUUCAGGUCGAACGCACUCUUUCUUUUUUUAUGUAAUGAUUUUUGAUUCAAGUAAAGGUAAUUUUUAAAACAAUAAAAUAAAAAAAUUCGUCUUUGCCAAAAAAAUUUUUAGGGAGCGCCGAAAGUCAUAAUUCAAAAAUAUCGUUAAUAAGCGAAUAUAAUCGAGUUUUUCGUUUUUUUCAAAAAUUUAGACCAUGGGCUUACUUAAAUUUUUUUCUCCACAGCAUAUGUGCUUGAAAAAGUUGUUUGAUACGCAAAAAUGCUCUUGAAAAUAGAGAAUAAAAUUAGCGGCGUUUAUCACACAGAAAGCGGUCGAACGCAGGUUUUUCAAACGAUUAUAUACAUUUAUUAGUAAAAAAUCUUUCAAUUAAAAAAAUAAAAUAAAAAAUUCGUCUUUGCCGAAAAUAUACGGGGCCGUUUUAAUGCAGCGAUCGUUAAAAGAGGCAAAAAGCACUGAAAAAACAGUUUUUUCGAAGUGAAUUUCCACGAAACGUUUGAGUAAAGAUUUGCGAACAUAUUCUGAUCAAAAUAGCUUAAUCACUUCAAGUUUUUCUUUUUGAAAUAGGCAAUCUGUGCUAUCCAAACGGCUCAAGGGUAAGGGGGAUGGAAGCUCCCCGCGCUACACCUGACAGCUUGGCGCAGUGCGUGCGCUGCGAUUUUUCAUUUUGAGGUCGCGAGUUCGAUGCCCGCAAGCGGCAGUUUUUUUGUUUUUCUGGAAAAAUACCGACUUUUUUUCGGCAAACUAGCUGAUUAGCAUCAUUUUAGCACUCUAUUAUGAUUUGUUACAUCAUAAUAGACCAGUAUCAAAACUUGUUCUAGAAGAAAAAUCGAGAAAAAUGUCAAAAAUGGAUAAUACCAAAAUUUCAGUACUAAAAAAAUGGUGCGCGGCGCGCCACAUUUUUCGUCAUAACUUUUUUCAUCCUCAAUCUUUUUUGAAAAACUAAACGGUUCUGAGUUCUGAAUCGAAACAGCUAUCAAACCAUACAUAGCUCAAUGCUGAAAAAAAAUUUUUGAAAAUUCGUCUGCGGUCCCUACCUUUAUAGGUACCGAAAAAGUGGUCCCUAUAGGGGUAAAAUCAAGGUGGCACCUAUAGAGAUUUAAGGUCGGACCUCUCAGCCCCCCAAGUGGCCCCUACAGGGUGUCGUUUGUUUUAUUCAUUUUUUUAUAGUUUUUUUCGCAACUAUCGACUAGCAUGUCCCCUAUAAAAAAACCCCUAUGGGGAUCCCUUUCGCACCCCUUGAGGGACCGCUUUGGAGAUCCUAAGAAGAAAACAUUUCUCCAUAAUUUCGUGAAUAAAACAUAGACUUUUUCGAGACCUAAAAUUUUUCCGAGUAAUUUUUUUCCCAGCUCAACUUUUUUUUUCACCAGAAUGAUGGACAUCCAUAAAAUGCAAACAUUUUUUUUUCAAAAAAAAAAAUCAUCUUCUAGCCCUAUUUCCUAGCCAAAAUGUUGAGAAAACAGUAUCCAUAAAGAGCGACCACUUUUCUCACAAGGAUUUUCCCAACUCAACCUAUUUUUUUGAAGAUAGAGGACCUGUAAAAUGCGACCUUUUUUUUUUUUUUGAAGAAAAAUUCUUCUUCAGCCCUUUUUCCUAGUCAAAAGGAAUCCAUAAAAUGCAGUCACUUCAAGAAAAAUUUCAUUCCAGUUCAACUUCUUCUCUUAAAAUAGAAAAUCUCUAAAAUGCGGUCGGAAGAAUUUUUUUCCAAGCUCCAUUCAUUAGAAAAUUGAUAGAAUAUCUAUAAAAUGCGGCCUUUUGGAAGAAUUUUUCCCAGCUCCAUUUUUUUGAGAAAAUUGGUAAAAGACCUUUAAAAUGCGGUCACAUUUUUCAGAAAAGGAAAAAGCUGAAGCGGACGCCGCCCUCUACAAAUCCGAGAAGGAAUCGAUCGCCUAUCAGAAAUUAUUGACCCCGUAAUUUCUGUAUCUUUUUCUCGAAAAUUUUUUGAUUUUUAGACAAUACCUCGAGUUGAAGCGAAUCGAGGCGAUCGAGAAGAACAACAAGAUUUUCUACGGAGACAAGAUUCCGACUGCAUUUUUGUCUCCAAUCGGAAAAACCAUUGAAGCUGCCAAAUCCAAGUAA